UGUAAAUGUGCGCAAUCUGAACCAGGACGACAAAGUGUAUGGUACUAUGCCCAAUCCCAUAAAAUCGGCACAGAACGCAUACAAGAAUCAGCCCGGUCGCAUCGAGGACUAUACAACUGGCCAUUCGUCCGUUUCGGAGAAGGAGAAGAAGGAGAAUUUGGAGCAAUCGAAGCUAUCGCCCGCAUACACGGAAGGCAAUUUGUCAAGAGCGCUGGCCAAGGAGUCUGGCUACACCAGCGAUUCCAAUCUAGUCUUUCGCAAAAAGGAGCUGCCCGUUAGCAGUCCGCUGAGUCCCGUGGAGCAGCGCCAGGCCUACAAGAGCUUACAGGCCGGUGGCGAGCCGCCUUUGCUGGGCUUCCGUAAGCCAGCGCCCGAGAAACCCAAGGUAGAAAUUGUGGAAGAGUUUGAAUUUAUACAGAUAACGCCUACGCUCACCAAGAUACGCGUGAGCACCAAGCCACUAGAGGAGCCUAAGGAAGAGCCACAACUGCCAGCAUCAGCUCCAACACCACCACCCUCCCCUCCACCACCACCACCGCCACCGCCACCGCCGUCGUCUUCGACCUCCGCUAGCAAAAUGUUUACGCAUUUCUCCAAGAAUCUGCCCUCGUUUAUACCGCUAAGCAAGAAGCAGCCGCAGCCGCAGCCGCAGGAGACGCCGCCUCUGCCGCCGCAUCGUCGCUCUUCCUGCACGAAGAGCACCGUGCGCGUGGAGAAGAUCACAAGCAGCUGCUCCAAGUCGCGUCAUGAUCAAUGCUUUCAGCCACCUGGCGGCAAUGGCAAUGUCAACACUAUUAGCCUGCGCAAGGUCUCGAGCGCACGGCGUGAGCCCAUUUGCCGCUCCAAGUCCGCGGGCGCUGUGUCCACAUUGCUGGCCACGCUGACGGCCACCAAGGAGACGCGCAGCAAGGAUGGCUGCCUGUUGCGCGUGCAGCAGCAGCAGCAGCAGCAGCAUCAUCAUCAUCGCUCGAUCAGUCCCAGUCGUCGUCCGGCGCGGCUGCUGGCGCUGCGUCAUUCGAGCCGCAGUCCCGUCGCCUUUGGACGCAGCAUUUCCAAGGAGCGCAGCUUUGCCGAGGAGAAGAAGCGCUUGGAGAACACGCUGCCAGCCAGCCGCACCAACUUUGAGGCCAGCACGAAUAUAUUGAGGGAUCCCUCGCUCAAGUCGCCGCAGGAGGUGCGCGAGGCGGUGCGUUCGUAUGCGACGUGCAAGGCGCAGCAUGCGCGCAGCAAGUCGUUGCCGCGCUUGCGCCACAGCACCGUCAGCACCACCACGCGGCACACGAUGUGCUUCCCCCAGGUGCGGCCGCAGAAUCUGCUCGACUGUGGUCGCGCCCUCAAGAAGGUGUUGCCCGCGUGCAGCAAGGCGCAGACUCGGACCGUUGCCACGUUGCAUCGCAGCGCCUCGAACGAGAGCUUGCCGCGCAGCAACUCCACCUACUCGAUUGAUUCGGUGGUGCGGCAGGAGUAUGUGCCCAUAGCACCGCCCAAGACCUAUGUGGGUAAGUCGAAGCCAGCCAAAUCGCUGCCAGCGCCGCUGCAAACCAGCCGCAGCGAGGGCCAUGUGCCACGCAAACGUGCCAGCAGCACCACCAAAACCGGCAAAACCACUGCUAAAUCCAAGCCAGCUGUAGCACAGCAAUCCUACAGCGAAACGGUGCGUGAGAAAACCCACUUCUGGAACGAUUACAAUGCAAAGCAGAGCCACAGCCAGAGCCACAGCCAGACCCAAACGCCCCACUCGCUGCCGCAGCUGAUCAAUGGCGGCACCGCUGACUACAAAUACUGUUCGCUGGUGGAGCCCGGCUACGGCGAGGACAUCUAUGACUGUGCCGCCCAGCCGCCCUCCAGUUGCAUCGAGGAUCUCGUGUGGAAGUACGAGAACAAGGCACAGCCGAGCGCUAGCCGAGCUCAGCCAGUGACAGACAUUGCACGGCCGCAGUCGCCUGAGGUGGUGCAGCGGCGCUUUUCGCCCACGCGCGAGGUGCGCGUGCCGCAGACCCAGCAGCGCGAGGUGCGUUCGCCUUCGCGUCGUCGCAUCGACAGUCUGCGCUCGAGCCAGCGGCAGGACAAAGAGCAGCAGCAGGCGGUGGCGCGUGCCAGCAGCCUGAGCAGCGCCGACGAUCGCAGCAAGCGGCAGCAGAGUGGUGCAGACGGCGCCGCCACGGGCGGCCUCUAUCAGUGCGGCGAGCUGGCGCACAGUGCCACCUCGCUGGUGCACCUGGAGCGGCACAGUCCGAGCUGUCGGUAUCGCAACAAUUGCGAGCGCUUCACCGAGCUGAAUCGCUUCUACAGCACCUUGGAGCGCGUGGGGCAGCUGGAGCGCGCCACCUCGGCUAGCAACUUUCAUCCGUUGCGCAAGGAUGCGGAGCUGCUCGACUUCGAUGAGUGGCGCAAGGUGCGUCUGCACGAGCGCGCCGAAAAGGAGCUGCAAUAUCUGAUGGGCAAGCUGCAGUCGGAUCAGCGCGAGCGCGAUUUGCACUUCCGCUCGAAGGACGUCAGCGAAAUCAAAUGGCGGCACGAUGCGGACCAGGCGCUGCAUGCCAAGCAGAAAUCUGUGGAGGAUUUGCGCGAGAAUUUCGAGCAGCUGCAGCUGCUGAAGCAGCAACUGCCGCCGCCGCCCGUGCAGCGUCAAUGGCGGCGCAAUACUGUGGCAGAUCUGGCGAGCAGCCUGGAGCCACAGCCCCCAGCCGAGCGACACUUGAACAAUGAUUUGGUUAGCACGCUCUCCAAGGAUCAGAUCAAGAAGAUCACACAGCAGCUGAAUGAGAUCUACGCGGGCAACAGGAGAGCUGCCGUGGAGGAGCAGUAUGUGGUCACCGUCGAGAAGGACUCGAAGCCCAGCAGCCAGGCGAACAGCCUAAAGGUGCGCUGCAACUCGACCAUUAGCAAGGAGCAGUUGCUGGGUCCAGUGCUGCGCAAGCGCGAGGAGCAGCAGCAGACGCAGACGCUGCCACGUGCCACGCGCAGUCAGUCGCCGGUGGUGGUGGCACGCGAGACGCGCGGCGCCAUAGCCGCCAAGAAUGCGGAGCUAACUUUGAGCAAGCCACCCGAGGUGCCGCCACGCCCCAAGCCCAAAAUCGAGGCAAAGUCCACGAAGGCCAUAGCCAAAGUGGAGCAGGCGCAGGGAGCAGAGGACAGCAAGGAGAAUCCCAUCAAUCAGAAGAUACAAUAUUUCGAGGAACGCCAGUUCGAGGAGCCCAGCAAGACCAUCUACCAUGCGCGCGAGGACAGCUCCCCGGACGAGGCCGAGGUCAUGCGUCUCAUCGAGCAGAACAUGCAGGCGAGGCAGCAGGCCAGGCACGCUCAGCUGGUGCACACGGAGCUGAGCAACUCGCUGACCGAUCUGAGCGGCAUCUACGGCGAGCGCGCCGCGGCACGUGUAAAUUUUCACUUGCACAGCCCGCCCGAGCGGCCGCCCGACGGCCAACUCGAGCCCGAUCAGCCGGCCGAGCUGCACAGCUACGCGGCUGGCUCGCCCGUCGGCAGCAUUGAGCUCUACGAUGCAUACUAUCGGUCGCGCAGCCUGUCGCCGCAGUCGCAGGUCUCCGCCUGCUCCAGCUCCUAUCUGCAGCGCGUCUAUACGGGCGAGGUGCAGAAGAUCAAGCAGAAGUUCGAGAGCAUCGAGCGCGAGCAGUCGAACGAAAGGCGCGAUUUUUUUGGGCUUAGCCAGCUGCGGAAGGCGCGCAGCGAUCCUCAAUUGAAGGCGGGAGGAUCAAAAGACGCCUCGGGCAACGCCGCGGAUGCGUUGCCAGCUGCCGACGCUGUCAGUCACAAGCUGGAGUCCACAUCGCCGGAUCGUGGCCGGCGGCGACAGCGCGGCCUGCUGAUGCCGCACAUCGACAUCAUCAGCAAAAUGGCCGAGCUGCUGCCGGCCAAGGUCAGUCCGACGCGCAGUCACAGCAGCAACAGCUGCUCCGCGGGCCACGUUCAGACGCUGCGCCAUCGUUACGAGUCGCCCGAGCCCGGCCAGAGUCUGCCGCAGCGUUAUCUAUCCACGUCGCUGGCCGAUCUGCGCGACGUGCACGACAUCUCGCCGCACCUGAGCGGCGAUUGGGUGGCCCACAAGCAUCCAGAGCGCACGCCGGCGCUGCCCAAGAAGCCCAAACGCAAUCUGGGCCUCAGAGCCAACUCCACCUCGCCCAUACGUCCAGCCAGGGCGACUCAGCAGGCGACGGCAGACAUCUUUGCCAAUCAGCAAUUCGAUGCUCACAAGCAUCGGCCCAAGGCGCGCUACGUGCCCGAUGGAGAGAGCGUAGCUAGCACGGCUACCCGGCGUUGCCCGGUCAGCAGCUUGGAACGUCUCAAGCGCAGCGCCAUGGCGGUCACGUUUAAAGACGUCAAUAUACACUUCAAGACACCACUGAGGCAUGAGUACAAGCCAAACAUAUCGGAUGAGGAACUAGCCAUACGUCAAGCGGAGCAUAUGCAAAAGUUAUAUCAGGAGGAGCGCCGACGCAAAUAUCUACAGGAGCUGCAGGACAUGAAUUCGCGACGACACACCGACAACUUUACACCCUCAAAGUCGCCGAUUGCCCUCAAUCGAUACGAUGACUUCCCCACAGACGUAACGCUUAAGUCGCUGGUGGGGCCCAAAACAGUGGCUCGCGCUCUCUACAAUUUCCAGGGACAGAGCUCCAAGGAGCUCUCGUUCCGCAAGGGCGACACCGUCUACAUAAGGCGACAAAUCGAUCCCAAUUGGUAUGAGGGCGAGUACAAUGCCAUGAUUGGAUUGCUGCCUGCUAGCUAUGUUGAGAUCAUCAGUCGCGAUGGCGCUCGCACACCCUCGAAGCGUCCCUCCGAGGGUCAGGCUCGUGCCAAAUACAACUUCCAGGCCCAGUCCGGCGUUGAGCUCUCUCUGAACAAGGGCGAGCUGGUCACAUUGACACGUCGCGUCGACGGCAAUUGGUUUGAGGGCAAAAUAGCCAAUCGCAAGGGCAUUUUCCCGGUCUCCUAUGUGGAGGUCUUAACCGAUAUUGGUGCGGAAGAUAUUGCGGCUAGAACGACAACAGUUAUCAGCACUCAGAGCACCACAAAUUUGCGUCCAAAUCUGGACGUCUUGCGCACAAAUAUCAAUAACGAGUUCAAUACGCUAACCCAGAAUGGUGCACAUCCGCCCAAUGGCAUACUGAAGGAGUCGCGCACGCUGCACAAGACCGAUGCACUCCAUGUGGACACCAGCUCCGAGCCACUGACCUAUCGCGCCUUGUACAAAUACCGACCACAGAACUCUGAUGAACUGGAGAUCUUAGAGGGAGAUCUGGUGCAUGUUCUAGAGAAGUGCGACGAUGGCUGGUUUGUGGGCACCUCGCAGAGAACGGGCUGCUUUGGCACAUUCCCCGGCAACUAUGUGGAACGUGCCUGAGCACACAAACAAACAAAGUUAUAUAAAAAAGUGAAUCUAAAUGAAGAAGCGUUAGGAACCGUUACGAUAUUUGUCUUUUGUCUUUGGCAGCCAAAAAAAAAAAAAAAACAGAAAACAAAAAAAUCCAAAGAGUCUAAGAAAAAGUUAAAGAUGAAAAUUCAACUCUAAACUUAAUUUGUAGGCCAAGGCAAAAGCAAUUAUUAAUUAUUUAUAUAAAUUAUAAAAACAUUAUAAUUUCAAUUGUUGUUAAAGAAAAACAUAAACAAAUAUCAGCUGCUUAACUUUGCCGAUGUUUUUUCUCUUUUAAUUUAAAUAAUGUACAACUAUUUAUUUAUUUUUAAACAAAUGUUGAAAUUAUGUUUAUUUAUACAAAAAGAAAACUGAAAAAAAAAACAAGAAUUAUUAACCAGAAGUUUGAACCACACAACCCACACACACACCAAAUAUCGCCAGCUAAACUUAAAAAAAAAA